AAAGAAAAAGAAAAGAAGAAGAAGAAGCUAGAGUGUUGACGGUUGAGCAGGUAAAAUAGAAUAGAACAGAGAGAUAUAAAAGGAGGUUUGUUGGAUGUUGGAGCUGGAAAGGUAGGUCUCUAGACCAUAUCAUAUGACUAGUCUUAGUUGGACCCGGCCCCAGAUCAUUUCGACGAACCAGCACCAGCACCAGCACCAGCGCCACCAGUCCCACUUCCAAAUAUACCAUUUGAGAUUUAAUAGGCAAAAUAAAUACCCAAAUACAAACCAUUUAAACACAAACAUCACCAACCAAAAAAAGCUCUUUACCCUAUAGAAUUAGACACACGCACACAACACAUAUAUCUAUCUAUCUAUCUAUAUAUAUAUAUAUACUCAGAAACUUUUUUUUCUUUCUCUUUUUCAUUUUGUUAAAUAUUAUUCCCCUCUCUGUUAUUGUAUAUUGUGUCUGCAAUUGCAUACCCUUUGUUGUUAUUGUUGUUGUUGUUCUUCUUCUAUGGCUGUUGGUGUUUGUUUUCUCUUGGUUUGCAUCAUCACAGUGUUCUCUUCUCUGCGGUUGGGGUCUUGUUCUUCUUCAUCUUUGUGCCCAAAGGACUCCAAUUUGUUUCUGUAUGCUCUUCAUUCUCAAUGCCCUAUUUCGAUCUCCCCCAACCCACCUCUCCAGGUGGAUGGAGACUUCCUUGAUAGAGCAUUGGCUUCCAAGUGGAGAAAUGAGUAUAUUGUUGUACUCUUCCAUGCUUCCUGGUGUCCAUUCUCACGCAGUGUGCUUCCUUCAUUUGAAACCCUCAAUUCCAUGUUUCCUCAAAUAGAACACAUGACAAUUGAGCAAUCUUCAGCCAUGCCAAGCAUAUUUUCAAGAUAUGGAAUCCAUAGCUUGCCUUCCAUAUUAAUGGUGAACCGGACAUCAAGGGUGCGAUAUCGUGGUCCGAAAAAUCUCAUUUCCCUUGUACAAUUUUAUAAGAAGACCACAGGUCUUGAACCAGUUCAAUAUUUUUCUGAAAAUCAACCAAUCAGCUUGGAGGGUGGUGAAAAAUCCAUUUUCCAGUCCUUGAAUAGUUUGUUACUGAAAGAGAUCUCAAAGAGGGAACCCUACUUAGUCUUCUCCAUAUUGUUCAUCUGCUUCAGGCUACUUGUACACAUAUUGCCUGAGGUGUUAUCUUGUCUCAAAGCUUUUUGGGUCUCAUAUGUUCCUCAUCUGAACUUGGACAUUUUUGGAGAGACAAGCCAAGUAAUGGGACGUAUCCUUAACAUGAUUGAUGUGAGGAGGGUCUGGACCAAGCUCAGGCUAAGCAAGACCAGGAACUUCCAGGAAGGUGCAAAGAAUGCUCGAGUAUGGGCUUCUUCUUUGGCUUCUGUUGCUUUGGGUGAAUCUUCAUCAGCCAGAUCAUCAUCUUGAACUGUAACUUACAGUCUCGUUUAAAUCAAAUUAAGGGUAGAUCAGAGCUUAUUGAUCAAAUAGUAUAUUGUAAACUGCUGUGAUGCUCUGGGGCAGGUUGUCUACUCCCCCAAAGUUUCGUCUUUGGUGAUAUAGCUGAAGCUGUUGUACUUCUUUUUUUUUUUUUUUGGUAGGAAGAAAACAAGCAUGUAAAUUUGAGAACAGCUUUCUUUUUGUAUAAAUUAUGUCACUUGGAGAAACAUCUCUACUUCACGUUGGUGGAAUGUAAGCAUAUUAACACCUCUCUGUCACUUGGAGGAACAUCUCUCUUUAUACAUCGAUGGAAUUUAUGCAUAUUAACGCC